UGGGCGAAAUCGCGGACCAAAAUCGCUCUGAAACCGAGAGACCAAUGGAGGUUGAAGUCUGCUAUUUUCUACUUGUGUUUUCGACCUAAAGCAGCCAUCAUAGCCUGGCUCCCUUUUCAGAAUGGGUUGCACUUUAAGUGCAGAAGAAAGAGCUGCCAUUGCAAGGAGCAAAGCGAUUGAAAAAAAUCUCAAACUUGAAGGAGCUCGGGCGGAAAGGGAUGUGAAACUGUUGUUACUCGGUGCAGGAGAGUCAGGAAAAAGUACGAUUGUCAAACAAAUGAGGAUCAUUCAUGAUCAUGGCUUUUCACCCGAAGAUUACAGACAGUACAAGCCGCUUGUUUUUAGCAAUACCAUCUACUCUCUUCUUACAAUUAUCCGUGCAAUGGAUAAAUUACGGAUUGACUUUGAAAACGAUGAAAGACUGAUGGAUGCUAAAAUGGUAUUCGAUGUUAUAGCCAGAGCAGACGAUACAGAACCUUUUUCUCCCGAAUUAACCGAGUCUAUGAAAAGAUUAUGGCAGGAUUCUGGUGUGCAACAGUGUUUUAGUCGAUCAAGAGAAUAUCAACUCGGAGAUUCCGCUAAAUAUUAUUUAGAUUCAUUAGAUCGGAUAGGAGCCAAAGACUAUGAAGCAACGGAGCAAGAUCUUCUAAGAACAAGAGUGAAAACAACUGGAAUCGUGGAAGUACAGUUUGAUCACAAGAGACUUCACUUCAAGUUAGUUGAUGUUGGAGGUCAACGCUCAGAACGAAAAAAAUGGAUUCACUGUUUUGAAGAUGUUACUGCUAUAAUAUAUUGUGUGGCUCUGAGUGCUUAUGACCUGACAUUAGAAGAAGAUGAAACAACAAACCGUAUGGAUGAAAGCUUGAAACUUUUUGAGUCCAUCAUCAACAAUAAAUGGUUUUUGGAUACAUCUGUAAUUUUAUUUCUUAACAAGAAGGAUUUGUUUGAAGAGAAAAUUACAAAGUUCUCUCUAACAAUUUGCUUUCCUGAUUAUCCAGGACCGAACACAUUCGAUGAUGGUGCAAAAUAUAUAAGAAAACAAUUUGAAUCAAAGAACUUAAACGAUGAAAAAGAAAUAUACACUCACCUGACUUGUGCGACGGACACACAAAACAUCAAUUUUGUAUUUAAUGCAGUAACGGACACAAUUAUAGCUACUAAUUUGAAAGGAUGUGGUCUGUAUUGAGACCUGUGGGUGACAGCAUAUAUUUGAAUGGCACUGGGUGCUGAGACUUCGAACAAGUUUGUGAGAUGCUCAGACUCAAGCAGCGAUGAACAUUCAUUAAGUGAUGACGUCAAGCCCUGUGGAAGAACACAAAUACUACUAAUACUGUAUUAUUGCUGAAUACAAACGGGCUACAACUUACAGUUAAAUGAUUAUUAUAAUUUAUAAUAACGAUAGUAAUAAGGUGGUCAACUAUCAGAAUGACAAUGGAUCAGCACAAUUUUACCAGACCAGGCCUUGCUAUACUCGUGUAGGCCAUCGUGUGAUAAAAAAAACCCAUUGAAGCCGAUAAUCUUAAAAUAGUAAUUAUAGUUUAUUUUUAAGCAUUUUUWAAAAUAAUUCGUAAGGCUUUGAUGAGAUCAUUAGAGUACAUUGUACCAGUAAUUUUACUUUUUAAAUGACAACAACAUUUUAAAUGUAAAUAGACCCUGAAUAUGUGGUGGUUUUUAAGAAGUGACUAUUGGCCCUUCCGAGGUUGAUGAAAACUGGAGCGAGGUGGAAUAGACGCUUUUCAAGUUCUAAAUUACCGCUGUGUUUCUUGAUUACAGACUCAUUUACUCAGGGUUAGCCUCGGUUUUGUGUAGAAUAUUCACGUGUUCUAGUCAAGGUCCGUCAAGUUUCAAAGUGUCCGUAUUGUUGAAGUUGUGCAUUCUUUACUUUACCGUUGGUAUUUGUGAAUAUUUAGACGCUGAUUCGAGGCUAAGCCUUAGUAAGGGCUGUUUUAGGUGACAUGUUUCCAAGAUGGCGUCUAUUUCGUCCCUUAAAACAAUGUUGAAGUUGUGCAUUCUUUACUUUACCGUUGGUAUUUGUCAAUAUUUAGACACUGAUUCGAGAUAAGCCUGAGUAAAUUAGUCUGUAAUCAAGAAACACGGCGGUCAUUUGGAACUCGAAAAGGGUCUAUUGCUGUGAGUUUAGGGGCUGUUUUAGAUGACAUGUUUCCAAGAUGGCGGCUAUUUCGUCCCUUAAAACAGCCCUACUAUGCACUGCAUUGGAAACUCGACCCAAUUUUUUCAUCAACCUUGGAAUGUCUGAUCCUAAAAUUAGCUAGUCAUCAUGGCUACAAGCUGACGAUGAUUGGAGAAACUGUCUUAUGAAUUUAUUUUUUACAACUGUUGUCUUACAUGUAGUUGGAAUCUCAAGAUUAAUUUAAUAUACGCGCAACUUCACAUUAUUCAAACACUAAUAAUUAAAUUUGAUCUUAAUAUCAGAACAAAUACAUUGUAAACUGACAUACUACA